AUGAUGGGCAACAAGAUGGUUUCCGCCACCAGGGUCGUGCAGGUAGUGAAGCCACAUGCUCCGUUAAUAAAGUUUCUUAACAGAAGAGACAAACCUAAGCUCAGUGCCUCAGACGCUUUGAGAUCUGCUGUGCUACCCUCCCACUCCUCUGUAAUUUCCCAGCAUUCUAAAGGAAAUUUGUCCCCAAAUUUACUGAUGCAUCAGGGGCCACCAGACACUGCAGAAUUAAUAAAAUCAUUACCUCAGAAAUACAGGAGGAAACCUAUGUCUCAGGAGGAAAUGGAAUUUAUCCAGCGUGGGGGUCCAGAGUGAUCUUCGUUGUGGCUGCUGCUUGUCACCAGGCAGAAGGAUUAGCUUUACAAUAAAGGACUUCCACAAUGUCAAAUGAAAAGUCAUAUAUUAAACAACCUUAAUAAGUGUUCUGUAAGCAGAAUGAAGUAUAGAAACUCCAAGCGGUCACUUGAAUCUCCUACCUUAUGUAUCUUGGUCACUUCCCCACAAGCUGGCCUAUACACUUACGAAAGUCUACAUUUUUAAAUGCUAGCCUGUUAACUUACUCUUGAUUAUGAAGUGUUACCAGUGAUGAGCUAUUAAAAGCACAUGGUAUCUAAAAAAAAA